CUGAAGGAAAAGCAUUCCUCAAUAUGGGGCCCUGUGAUUUUGAGGCGUAACAACACCCAGAACCAGAGUCUGACUCAAAGCUAUAAGAUACUAUCCAUAUCAUCAGCUGAUAAAUAGAUGCAUAUCUCGAAGCCCACACAGAUCAAGAACAUUCUGAUAUUCUCAUUUCAGCCAUUCCCCACUUUCCUCACUGUCUGCAAAGCUGUUUUGAGUAGUUGGUCUGAGGAGUUUUUGGGGUCUGGCUCAAGGGUAUGAAUCUGAAUGAGAUGUUAGGUGGGGAGGAUUAUAAGUAUUCUCCCAUGGCAGCAGUGGAUGAUGAGUCUUUGGCUCGUCUGAAUUCAAUUGCAACCGCCAGAAAGAAGAAGGAAAAGAACAAGAGGAGGUUCAGUGAUGAACAGAUUAGAUUAUUGGAAUCCAUGUUUGAGUCUGAGACAAAGCUUGAACCCCGAAAGAAGCUGCAGGUGGCGAAGGAGCUGGGCUUGCAGCCACGGCAGGUUGCGAUAUGGUUUCAGAAUAAGAGAGCUAGGUGGAAGUCAAAGCAGCUGGAGCGGGACUACAGUAUACUGAGAGGGAAUUACAACAGUCUGGUUUCUCGGUUUGAAUCCUUGAAGAAGGAGAAGCAGGCCCUGGUUAUACAGCUACAGAAGUUGAACGAGAUGGUACAGCAGUCUGGAGGGGCAAAACAAGAUUCUGAGCAGCGGCUAGUACAGAACAGUGCUGAGAGUGAAGCAGACAACAGAGACAAUGGCAAUUGUGAAUCUGAAGUGAAGCCCAACUUGUCGUUGGAGAGAUCAGAACAUGGAGGAGGUGUCCUUUCGGACGAUGAUAGCAGCAUAAGGGCCGACUACUUUGUGAUGGAAGAAGAGCCCAGCCUUCUGACCAUGGUGGAACCUGUUGAUGGUUGCUUGACAUCACCGGAAGAUUGGGGCAGUUGGGACUCUGAGUGUGUGUUUGAUCAGUCUAGUGGUAGUUAUCAGUGGUGGGAUUUCUGGGGUUGAAUGAUAGAUAGAACAUUAGAAAAUAUGGAGGAAAUGUAUGCAAAUAAUCUUCCUUCAGUUGAUGGAGGCAAAGUCCGGGGCCGGCCAUUUUAGAUGGCAAUGAGCCUAGAUUUUGAGGAUUGUGGGGACUACAAGUAGAGAAAUGAAAAUUUUUCAUCCUGAUCUUUCUGAUAGGUGGAUGCUAAUCUCACUACCCUGUCCAAAGAGGCAAUUGCAGUCUAGUCCUGACCUGGUCACAGAAAAUGAUGUGGUUCUUCACAAAGAACCAAAAAUAAAAUAAUGGGCCAUGGAAGCAGGACCAAAAGAAGACGAAACCGGGCGAAUGUGUGGUCGGUAUGUGCCCUUGUGUCUGUCUGUGUGUGUGGGAGAGGUUUUGUCCAAGCAGGUAGAGAUUUUCAUCCAGAGAGACUUUGUAGUUGGCAAUGUGCUCAACUAAGAAACACAAACCUUUGUUUCCUUACCUAGUUUCCAAUUAUCUUCUUUAUUUAA